GGCUGGGGGUUAGUAAUUUGGAAUCUGCAGUACUGGGUGUGACAGCUAGGCUUCCCGGAAACUACAAAGGGUGUGAGAGGGAUGGGUGGUGAGAGGGCAUUAGUGGGUGAGGGUUGGGGCUGCAUUAAGUGACAUUAUCUGCUGGGGUUUCUUCUCUGGCCAAACUGUGAAGGCACUGAGGUCACGGCUUCCUCCUCUGUCUCUCUCCCUGCCCGCUGUCUUGGGGUUGGGUGCGGGUGUGUGCAGAGUGCCGGGAUCUGCUGAGAUCUGCUGAGGUGGGUGUGUCCCACCGCCGGGAGCAGGCCCUACCAGCCCGGCCUGGCCCAGAGCAGGCAGAAGCCAGCUCAGGAGAGCGGGGAGCCACACCAACGAGCACAGGUCUCCACUGCCGAUGAGGCUGUGACCAAAGGCAUUCCACUGCUCCCCACCUUCCCCCAAGCCGGCUGCCUUGCAACCACAACCCACACGCCCAUGCUGAACCUCCGUUUGCUCUGGGGCUCUCUGUGCAGCCCCCAGGCCCCGGCCCCGGAGACUGGAGAUGCUAGGACGUGGGUGCGCCCCCUGAUGCCCCCAGCUUAGCUCCUCGGCGCACGGUAGUACGAUGCAAGCCAACUCCUCCGCCAACGAGUGCCCGGACUACCAGCCCACCCAUCAUUUGCAUCUGGUGGUCUACAGCGUGGUGCUGGCGGCCGGGCUCCCCCUCAACGCGCUGGCCCUCUGGGUAUUCCUGCGCGCGCUGCGCGUGCACUCGGUGGUGAGCGUAUACAUGUGCAACCUGGCGGCCAGCGACCUGCUCUUCACCCUCUCGCUGCCCUUGCGCCUGUCCUACUACGCGCGGCACUACUGGCCCUUCCCGGACUUUCUGUGCCAGCUGGCGGGCGCCGUCUUCCAGAUGAACAUGUACGGCAGCUGCAUCUUCCUGACGCUCAUCAACGUGGACCGCUACGCCGCCAUCGUGCACCCGCUGCGGCUGCGCCACCUGCGGCGGCCCCGCGUGGCGCGGCUGCUCUGCUUGGGCGUGUGGGCACUCAUCCUGGUGUUCGCCGUGCCCACCAUCCUGGCGCACCAGCCCUCGUCCUGCUCCAGAGACGGCCGCGACGUGUUCCUGUGCUUCGAGAGCUUCAGCGACAAGCUGUGGAAGGGCAGCCUACUGCCGCUCUUGCUGCUGGCCGAGGCGUUGGGCUUCCUGCUGCCCCUGGCGGCCGUGGUCUACUCGUCGGGCCGCGUCUUCUGGACCCUGGCGCGGCCCGACGCCACGCGGAGCCAGCGGCGGCGGAAGACGGUGCGCCUCCUGCUGGCGAGCCUGGUCAUCUUCCUGCUGUGCUUCGUGCCCUACAACGCCACGCUGGCCGUGUACGGGCUGCUACGCGGUGAGGUGGUGCCCGCCAGCCCCGAAGCGCGCAAGAAGGUGCGCCGGGUGCUGAUGGUCAUGGUGCUGCUGGCCGGUGCCAACUGCGUGCUCGACCCGCUCGUGUACUACUUCAGCGCCGAGGGCUUCCGCAACACCCUGCGCGGCCUCAGCGCCCCGCUCCGGGGCAAGACCUUGGCCGCCAAAGGGGCUCAGGAGGCGCUCGCCGAACCGCUUACCGAGACUGCCCACGCCUCUGCUCUGACCACAGCCAGCCAGGGGCAGCUCCAGUCCUCCGAUCCCCGGUCAUCCUUCACCCCGUCCCACGAGGAUUCGUCCUUCUGAACCCACAGUAGUUCGUGCCAGAGCACGGUCCGCGCUCUCCCCCCCCCGCCCCCAUCCCGCGCCUCUAGCACUCUCAGACACGCUGGGGUGUGCACCGGGGGCCGGAAGGGUGGGCGCUGGGAUUUAGGAGUGGCAGCUCCCGCUCGCGGAUGCAGAAGAAAACUAAGUGUGGCGCCCAGGGGAGCGCAGAAGGAAGAGCGCCGCUGAAAAUGUCUUUAACUGGGGGUGAUGGUGAGCCGGGGAGGACCCCUUCUCCAGCCCCUAGAAAGUGUUGCUGUGAACCUGCCCAUGUAGAGGCAAGAGACUGGAUGAAAUGCCCUUGGCGGGCAGGAAACGCGGCCCACAGCUGGUAGAUGGAGCAGAAGAUCGGUGUCCUGCCUUUAGACCGACCACAGCAGACUUAGGGAAUCAGGAGGCUGCGCCUGCCCAGCACUGAGGCAUAAUAUUAAUAACACAAAAGCCUAUUGGAUGCUCACUGAA